ACAAGAAGUUGCUUGCCAACCUUCGAUUAAAAGAAGAGCAAGACUCGGAAGUAGCUCCCUAUGACCCACAAUUGCUUUCCGCUGUGAUGUCGGACAAAUCAAAACAUAUUUGGGAUAUUUUCUUUUAAACUUGGGCGAAAGGAAGUCGUUUUUUGACACAUCGGGAGUGUAUUUGAAGAAUCAAACUGUUUGUUUGCAAGCUGCUUGAUGAAACCCUAGCAGGCGACCAUCAUGAGCAACAGUCACCCUCUGCGGCCGCUGGCCUCCGUGUCGGAGAUCGACCACAUCCACCUGCUGUCGGAGCAGUUGGGAGCUCUGGCGCUGGGCGAGCAGUACAGCGAUGUCACCUUCAUCGUGGAGGGGAAGCGCUUCCCAGCACACAACGUCAUCCUGGCCGCCCGCUGCCACUACUUCAGAGCCCUCUUGUAUGGUGGAAUGAAGGAGUCGCAGCCGCAGGCGGAGAUUUGUCUGGAGGAGACGCAGGCGGAGGCUUUCUCCAUGCUGCUCCACUACCUAUACACAGGACGCGCCAGUCUCAGCUCGGCCCGCGAAGAGGUGCUGCUCGACUUCCUCGGCCUGGCCCACCGCUACGGCCUGCAGCCGCUAGAGGACUCCAUCUCCGACUUCCUACGCACCAUCCUGCACAACAACAACGUCUGCUUGGUGUUUGACGUGGCCAGCCUGUACUCCCUCAGCACGCUCAGUGCCGCCUGCUGCGCCUACAUGGACAAACACGCACCGGAAGUGCUGAACUCGGACGGCUUCCUGACGCUAUCCAAGACUGCUCUGCUGACUGUGGUUCGCCGCGACUCAUUUGCCGCCAGCGAGAGGGAGAUCUUUCAGGCCUUGUGCCGCUGGUGCCGACAGUAUGGCGAAGGCCCCGAGACUCAGGAAGUGAUGGCGGCGGUGCGUCUGCCGCUCAUGACGCUGACGGAGAUGCUGAACAUCGUCCGACCGUCGGGCCUCCUGAGCCCAGAUGACCUGCUGGACGCCAUAAAGCUGCGCUCCGAGAGCCGGAACAUGGACCUGAACUUCCGUGGCAUGCUAAUACCGGAGGAGAACAUCGCCACCAUGAAGCACGGAGCUCAGGUGGUGAAAGGCGAGCUCAAGUCUGCUCUGCUGGACGGAGACACUCAGAACUACGACCUGGACCACGGGUUCUCCAGACAUCCCAUCGAGGAGGACGGCCGAGCCGGCAUCCAGGUCAAACUGGGCCAGCCGUCCAUCAUCAACCAUGUCCGCCUGCUGCUGUGGGACAGAGACAGUCGCUCAUAUUCCUACUACAUUGAGGUGUCCAUGGAUGAGCUGGACUGGGUGAGGGUUGUGGACCAUUCCAAGUACCUGUGCCGGUCCUGGCAGAAUCUUUUCUUCACGCCUCGAGUUUGCAGGUACGUGCGCAUUGUCGGAACACACAACACGGUGAACAAGGUCUUCCAUCUUGUGGCCUUUGAAUGUAUGUUCACCAACCGCUCCUUCACGCUGGAGCAAGGACUUCUGGUGCCCAGCGAGAAUGUAGCCACCGUGGCAUCGUGUGCCAGCGUCAUCGAGGGGGUCAGCCGCAGUAGGAAUGCCUUACUCAACGGCGACACUCGCAACUACGACUGGGACUCAGGCUACACGUGCCAUCAGCUGGGCUCGGGCGCCAUCGUCAUCCAGCUGGCUCAGCCCUUCUCUAUCGGAUCCUUGAGGCUGCUGCUGUGGGACUGUGACGAGCGCUCCUACAGUUACUACAUCGAGGUGUCCACCAAUCAGCAGCAAUGGACAAAGGUGGUGGACCGCACCCGUGUGGCAUGUCGCUCAUGGCAGACGCUCAAGUUUGACAAGCAACCAGCCUCCUUCGUCCGUAUCGUGGGGACUCACAACACUGCUAACGAGGUCUUCCACUGUGUCCACUUUGAGUGUCCAGCCCAGUUGGACACAGAUGUCAAAGAGGGCAGCCCGAGCCAGGACGCUUCAGAUUCUGCCACUUCCUCGCAGCCGCCGCGACCUCAGCGACCUUCACGCACUCACAGCUUGCUGCCCUCUAACCCGUCUUCAUCUUCAUCACAGGCCCAUCAUUAAUAACACCCGCCUCCCCGCCCCACAGGGUAGGAGGGGGUCAGGAGGACCACCAUUUUGCACAGUCUUCUUCGUCCUCGCUGCUCAACGCCGUUUUCUCGCUGUCAUAACUCGUGCUGUUUGUCGUGCGCGUGCCUCGAGACUUGCAUGUGUAGCAGCGGCGUUUUAAGACACCAGUCUUCCCUCUCUGGCUCGUUUGAUACGUUUUUGUGACUUUGGUACUUUGUAAAGGUGGUGAAACAAGACCAGGCUCAUGCAGAAUGCUGAUGAUGAGGAUGUGCUUUCCCUGCACUGUCCUUUCUUACACGUAAUAUUUCCACUAGAGAUACAUAUUGAAUCUAUUUUUAAGAGAGCGAUUGACCCCCAUCAGAAAAGCCGGUUGAUAUUUUUGCAUUUCUCAAUUCUUGAACUUUUUGCUGAAGCAAAAUGUGAUGUUUGUGUGCAAACAGCACUUAAUCCAAUUAUGCAUUUGCAUAAGAAACGAAAGCUGCUGAGAGUUUGCAAUCCUUAUCUGGAGACUUCAUUUAUACCUCAAGAGCAAACUAAAGUGAGAUUGACGUGUCAUAAUUUAGUAUUUCACGCACUUGCAUUUCUUAGCACAAGCUGACGAGGAAACCGAUUAGUUGACGAAAGUUUGGGCUGAGAGGCUCGGACCAAAUUGUUUAUGCACUCGGGCUGCAGAGAAGCCAAAACAAACCAGCUAUUACAUGAGCAGCUGCUAUUUGGCACUUUAACAGACUCAAGUAGACAAAAAUAAGUUUGCAUCUUGGGUCUUUUGACUGAAGUAAAGUACUGGAGCUGAUAGGUUCAAUGAAGUUCUUCAUCUGUCAGGUUUAAGAUGUUAUUGUUAGGCUGUGUGUGUGUGUGUGUGUGUGUGUGUGUGUUUUCAAAUGAAGCUAGUGCGCUGUGCUUGCUGUUUGUUGCACUUUGUUUUCUUUGUCCAUGAGGAGCUAAUGGUUGGGAGCUAAUGUUUUGCAAGAACACUAGUCAGACGCAAUUAAACUUUGUACACUUUUCAUUAUACCCCAUUAGGAACCCAAGAUUAGCAUUAGUACUGUACCACACCCUUUCAUGGUGGGAUGUACAUAUAAAAAUUGCAGCGGUCCCCUUCACCUAGAUUAUUCACACAGGUGUCUGGGGUUUGUUAUACUGUAUUAGUCUGAUUUACACCUCGAGUGUUUUGAUGUAUUUGCUUUUUCACUGCCUGUAAACAAUGUUCAAAUUUGUUUUAACAUCCAUGAAGUGUGAAAUAACAUUUAUUCCAGCAAAUGGC